CUUGGAGCGUGUAGUUUUCCAAUAAUAAUUCGCACAGCGUUAAUUGAACUAUUAUUAUGUACCUAUAUUUCAUUCAGAUUAAUGAGUGGUUUUUCCAUACAUGGAUGAUAAUUAUAUCAUUGAAAAGAUCACUUUGGCCCUCUGUUGUGUCGCCCUCGCCAAUGCUGGAUAUCUGGGAGGUGGACUGGAUGAGGGUUAUGGUGGUGGUUACGAAGGCGGCUACGGAGGAGGCUAUGAAGGUGUAGCCCUUCAAGGAGGUUAUGGCGGUCAUGACGGUGGACACGAGGAGAUUAAUGAACACCCCAAAUACAAAUUCAACUACGCCGUACACGACCCCCACACCGGGGACGAGAAGCAGCAGUACGAGGAGCGCGACGGGGAUGAGGUCAAGGGAUCGUACUCGCUGAAAGAGGCCGACGGCACCACCAGGGUGGUCGAGUACAAGGCGGACAAACACAACGGUUUCAACGCGGUCGUGCACAAAAUCGGUGAACCCAAACAACAAAUCGAAAGCUACGGGGGAGAAUACGGCGGCCACCAUUAUUGAAAGGAGGGUGGAGGUUGCGCUGUCGUCUGUCAAUUGUCAAAGCAGGAAAUGAACAGCUAAAUUGAUAUUCUUUCAAUUCGUAUUCCACAAGACCUGAGCUGAAUCAGUUAACAUUCCAUCUUUCGGAAUACUGUAAUUCGGUAGAAUGCAUGUUAGCUGAUUCAGUUCAGAUCAAGUAAAAUAAUUCAGUUCAGAACGAAAGAACAUAACUGACAUAUAUGAGUCUGAUUAUUGAAAUCACUUCUUGUACUUAUUACGCACAAUAUCUUGAGACUAAGAAACUUCAACUACUUACUUUACCGAAAAAAUCAAGUUGACUUAUUUUUAUUUGAUGUGAAUAGGAUUGCGUCAAUCUAUGUCCAAACAUUGAAGUAUGUGAAAAUAAUUAUUCGGUAAGUAUUUGAGAAAGCAGUACUGAAAGAUGCACAGACUAAUUCACUAUAAAUACAUUUAUUUAAAUUCAAUGAAAGUUCGAUUGUAUGUACAUGUAGUAAAUCACUGAUGUUCUUUCUGUUACGACUUUUGACAGAUAUAACAAACGUUUGUGAUAUAAUGAUUAUAGUUAAAGUUUGAUAGAUUAUUUUUGUACGAAAAAAACAGUAAACAAAUAGCACUUAUAAUUUUGUAUUUAUUUCUACAUAAAUGACUGAGUCGGUAGUUAACUCCAUUGGCCUAGCAAGAUGGCGAAGCAAGUGCAAACUAAACGGAGAAUAGGGUGGGUACAAUCGAAAAACGAAAGUAUUUAUAUUAGAUAUUCCACCCCUAUAUGUAUAUCGUAUAACGUUUUAUUUGGAUAGUGUUGCUGCAACGUUUUUC